CAUCUUCCUUAACUUUUCAGAAAAUCUUGGCUGUUUUUAAACCUAAAGAUGAAGAACCCUAUGGACGCCUUAAUCCUAAAUGGACCAAAUGGAUGCAUAAAUUAUGCUGUCCCUGUUGCUUUGGUAGAGCAUGUUUAAUACCAAAUCAGGGUUACCUCUCGGAAGCUGGCGCCAGUUUAGUCGAUCGUAAACUAAAUCUAAAUGUUGUGCCAAAAACACGAGUUGUACGUUUGGUAGCGGAAACAUUUAAUUAUGCACGUAUAGAUCGACAAAAGGCCAAGUUAAAGCGAAGGAUAAAGGAACAUUAUCCAUCAGCGAGAUUUAAUCGUAUGAGUUUACCCUUAAAGGUGAGUGGGUAUUCUUAG